CAAAAAGAUAACACAAGGGAGGAAAGGGAGGAGACAGAAAGUUGCAGAAGGUGGGAGGAUGGGCAGGGAAGAGGACAGGUGUGCUUUAAAUAAAGGCUCCCAGUAAGUCUGGUGAGUUUUUGAAAAUACGUGAACAGCAAGAGAAUGGAGCUGGAUGGAAUAGAGAAGAAGAGUCGAAAAAGGGGGGAAGACAACAACGCCUUUAAAUCAGAGGAGCAGAUAUAUAUUGAUGUGGACAGUGCUCCUGAAGUCACAGACGAUGCACACAAAAAGACAGAUCAACACAACAAAAGCUUUCCUGAAAGGAAAAUGGAGGCAUUCCAGGGCUAUUUGGCAGAGCACAAAGUCCAGAUCCACCUGAUUAUGUACCUGGUUUUAGCAGCAGGCUUGGUUGCCAUAGUGAUAGCAGCAUGUGUCCUGAACUUCAACCGGGCUGUCGUGCUGCUGGUCAUCUCCUUGGUUACCAUAUUCUUCCUGGUCUGGGAUUGGAUGAUGGAACGCUAUGGCGACCGGGUGUGGGAGGAGCUCUCUCCUAUCAGAGACCUUCUCAGCAGAAACUGGUUUUGGAUCAGAUGGAUAAUGUACGUGUCACUGCUGGUGGUGGUGUGCUGGCUGGCACUGGACACAGCCCAGCAAGGGACCAGACAGCUUGUGUCUUUCUUUGGUUUGCUGCUCCUCAUCUUCUUAAUGCUGCUGUUCUCCAAACACCCAUUCAGGUGGUGUUGGCAAACUUUGCUGUGCGGGAUCGGGCUACAGUUUGUCUUUGGUCUGCUGAUCCUCAGGACCACAUUUGGCUUAGGUGGACUGGAAUGGGUCGGAAAACAAGUAAAGAGCUUUUUGUCAUUCACUGAUUUUGGGUCUAAGUUUGUGUUUGGUGCCAGUUACAGAGACCACAACUUCGUCUUCCAGGUGAUGCCUAUAUUGGUUUUUUUAAGCUCCGUCAUCUCCAUCCUCUACUACAUUGGCUUCAUGCCCUGGCUCAUUUGCAAGAUUGGAUUCAUAAUGCAGGUUACCAUGGGAACAUCUCCAGCAGAAUCAAUGUCUGCAGCUGGAAAUAUAUUUUUGGGACAUACAGAUUCACCUCUCUUGAUUCGUCCAUACAUCAGCGGGCUAACUCGCUCUGAGAUCCAUGCUGUGAUGACAGGAGGUUUUGCCAGCGUCUCUGGUACCAUUAUGGGAGCCUAUAUCUCCUUUGGGGUUGAGGCAACACACUUGUUGACAGCAUCAAUGAUGUCCGCUCCAGCCUCCCUGGCGAUCGCCAAGAUGUUCUGGCCUGAAACAGAGACCCCCAGUGCAACAGCCAGUCAUGACAUCAAAAUCGACCAUGGAAAGAGUAAGAACGUGUUGGAGGCGGCAUCCCAAGGUGCAUCUUGUGCUGUCGGUUUAGUGGCCAACAUAGUUGUCAACCUUAUUGCCUUCCUCGCACUGUUGGCCUUUUUGGAUGCAGCUUUCUCCUGGCUGGGUGAGAUGUUGGACUGUCCGCAGCUCAGCUUCUCGCUGAUCUGCUCGUACGUGUUCAUGCCUCUCUCCUUGAUCAUGGGUGUUUCCUGGGAGGACAGUUUCAUCGUUGCUGAACUGAUUGGCACGAAGACAUUUAUCAAUGAGUUUGUAGCCUAUCAGAAGUUGUCAGAGUUCAUUUCGAGGCGGAAAGCAGGAGGGCCAGAAUAUGUGGACAACAUAAAGCAGUACAUUUCUGUCCACUCUGAAACAAUUGCAACCUACGCUUUGUGUGGAUUUUCCAACCUUGCUUCGCUGGGGAUGUCAAUUGGAGCAUUGUCGUCCUUGGCUCCAGAUAGAAGGGCUGACAUCUCCAGUUGUGCCUUCAGAUCUCUGAUUGCAGGCAGCGUCUCCUGUUUCAUGACGGCUUGUAUUGCAGGCAUGUUGUACAUCCCUGAUCUUCAGUGCUCACAUUUCCUGAGCACCGAGUUCAUCAAUACCAAUGUGACCAGCAGCUCAGAACUGGUCACCUGCUGUACACAACUGUAUAACAGUGUGACGGUGUAUGAGCUGUUGAACAUGACGAUCGGAGAAGGAUUCAACCAGAGCAGCCUGCAACACUGCUGCACACUGAUACCCCCCACACACUUCAACUGCAGCCUGGUGCUUUAAAUCACUGUGAGCAAAAAACACAUACUUCAAUGGUAGGGAACCCUGUGAUUAUUUGUUAUUUUAUCUGUAAUGUUUAGUGUUCAUAUAAUACAUUUUCAAUAAAGUUGUCCCGCACUGGUUUUUAAACAACAAUCAUGUCACAUUACUGUGACUGUGUGUGU